AAAAGAGAAAGAGAAAGAAAAAGAGAAAUAAAAGAUACGAUAAUUUUUCUAAACUUACGAAGUGACUAGUAGCUGUAAUAAAUGCAGCGAACAGUCAUAAUUAACAGUUUCACAUGAGUUUGAUAAUCUCAAAUCAUUGUACAUACAUUGUGUAAUCAGCUACGAUUUGACAUUUUACCAUAAGUUUCUCGCUGUCAAUGUUUUAUACACUGUUAUGUACAUACAAUACAAAAGAUCAAGUGUGUUGAUAUAUUUUUAAGAAAAUUAGGAAAAAUGAUGGCUUCAGAGGUAGGUUCAACGAACAAUGAACCUGUACAUGUCAAGAUCAGUAGUGAAAAAGCUCCUUUAAUCCAUGGAAGAAGUGUUCUAUACAGAUUAAGUAAUUUCUUUAAAUUUGGACGAGUACAACAUGCAGAAGGAGAUGGAUAUGUAGAAUUUGGUAGUUUGAAUGUAGAUAGCAGUCGUACUUUGGGAACAUUUGCUGGUGUAUUUAGUCCUGUAACAUUAUCCAUGUUCAGUGCCUUAAUUUUCAUACGAAUGGGAUACAUUGUGGGCAAUGCUGGAUUAUUUGUCACUUUGAUACAAUUUGUAAUUGCAUAUGGGAUUUUACUAUUUACUGUAGCAUCUGUGUGUGCAAUUUCAACUAAUGGAGCAGUUGAAGGAGGUGGUGCAUAUUUUAUGAUUAGUCGUACACUUGGACCAGAAUUUGGUGGUUCUAUUGGUACAUUAUUUUUUAUGGCUAAUAUUGUGUCAAGUGCUCUUUGUAUUUCUGGAUGUGCAGAAGGUUUGAUAGAAAGUUUCGGACCAUCUGGUUAUUUGUCUGGUAAAAGUGCACUGAUACCAGAUGGUGGGUGGUGGAGAUUUUUAUACUGUUCUAUAUUAAACACUGCCAAUUUAGUGGUGUGUCUAAUCGGAGCUGCUAUGUUUGCAAAAACUAGUGUUGCAAUCUUGGCUGUUGUAUGUAUCUGUUUAAUAAGUGUUUUUAUAAGUUUUUUGGCCAAAGGAUAUAUGGAGAUACCAAUUCCAGAUGCAAAUACACUGGUUCAAAAUGCAACAGAACAUGUUAAUGGCACUUACACAGGAUUAUUGUCAUCUACUCUUGCGGGUAAUCUUUAUCCAAACUAUAGUGCAGAUUAUUCAAGUAAAGGAGCAAUGACUGAUUUUGCAAGUGUUUUCGGUGUAUUAUUUAGUGGUGUUACUGGUAUAAUGGCUGGAGCUAAUAUGAGCGGUGAAUUGAAAAAUCCAGGAAGGAACAUUCCACGUGGAACUCUGUCAGCAGUAUUAUUUACAUUUAUAUGUUAUAUUCUUUUAUCUAUUCUUACAGCUGCUAGUACAAGUCGAUUUUUAUUGCAAAAUGAUUUUAUGUAUAUGAUGCCAAUUAAUAUUUGGCCACCAUUUGUGGCAGUUGGUAUAUUAACAGCAACAUUUAGUGCAGGUUUAAGUAAUUUAAUAGGGUCAAGUAGAGUUUUAGAAGCUUUAGCGAAAGAUAACGUGUUUGGUUCCGGUUUAAACUUUAUUAUACAAGGGACAUGGAAAGGAAAUCCAAUUGCUGCAGUUUUAACUUCAUGGACUUUGGUUCAAAUAAUUUUAUUAAUAGGUUCCUUGAAUAUCAUUGCACAGCUUAAUUCAGUAUUGUUCUUGCUAAGUUAUUUGGCUACUAAUUUAGCCUGUCUCGGACUUGAACUUGCAAGUGCUCCAAACUUUAGACCAACAUUUAAUUAUUUUACAUGGCAUACAGCUACAAUUGGUCUUCUUGGUACAUUGAUAAUGAUGUUCGUUAUAAAUGGUAUUUAUGCUUCUAGUAGUAUAAUACUUUGCUUAAUUUUAAUCAUUGUGUUGCAUUUAUUUUCGCCGAGUAAAAACGCCCCUUGGGGAAGCAUAUCUCAAGCACUUAUAUUUCAUCAAGUCCGGAAGUACUUAUUAAUGUUAGAUUCACGUAAAGAUCAUGUAAAAUUUUGGCGACCACAAAUGCUCUUAAUGGUAGCGUCUCCACGAUCAGCGUGCCCACUUAUAGAUUUUGUAAAUGAUCUAAAAAAGGGAGGAUUAUAUGUAAUAGGACACGUAAAAGUUGGAGAAUUUUUAGGCCAGAAUAUUGAUCCCACUAUAGAAGAGUAUCCACAUUGGUUAAGUUUAGUUGACCAUAUGAAAGUAAAGGCAUUUGUCGAGUUAACAGUUACAAAAACUGUACGUGAAGGACUACACCACUUAAUUAGGAUAUCAGGAAUGGGAGCUAUGAAACCAAAUACAAUUGUUCUUGGUUUUUAUGACGAAGAAACGCCGAUAGAUUUUUUCAAGAAUUCACAAUAUGCAACUGACAUAUUUGAAAACAUUUCAACCUUACCAAAUAGUACUGUAUUUCCUUUAAGGCAUACAAAUGCAGAGAAGAAUCUGGACUCAAUACAAUAUGUAGGAAUGUGUUCAGACGUGUUAAAAAUGAAAAAAAAUUUAUGUUUAUGUCGAAAUUUCCAUACGUUAAAUAAAUUACAAAUAGCUAAAAAUUCGGCUUUAAAAUAUAUAGAUGUAUGGCCCGUGAAUUUUUUCCAACCAACAGAUCAAGAUCCGUUUGAUACAACAUCGUUGUUUAUGUUGCAACUUGCGUGUAUUAUUAAUAUGGUACCUGUAUGGAAAAAUCUGCAUCUUAGGGUAUUUCAUUGUGAAGUUUCAGAAAGUAAUGCAAGUUUGAGUAUCUCAGAUUCACAAAAUUCAAUUAGCGAAUUUCCACGAGUUUCUAACGAACUUCGUAUAAGAAAAUUAUUAAAUAUGCUAAGAAUAUCUGCAUCUAUUAAAAAGAUUCCUAAUUGGGGAACACAAAUAAGUGGAAUAAAAGGACACUCUCUUAUUGAUUCGGCAGUGGAAAAUCAAUAUGAAUCAAGCACCGAAAGUACUAAUGUCUUGAGCAAUGUUUCACGUGCUUAUAUUUUGAGUGUAAAUCAAUUAAUCAAACAACAUUCUUUACAAACUGCUACAAUAUUUAUGUAUUUACCUGCACCUCCAGUAUCGAAUACAUGGGACGAGAAUACUAUAUAUCGUCAAUAUCUUCAGCUGUUAACAGAAUUAACAGCAGAUUUACCACCUACAGUAUUAGUGCACGGUGUUAGUGCUGUUACAUCAACAACGCUAUAGUAAUAUGUAAAUACAGUAAUGGAAAUUCUUAUUGUAUAAUUUUUCUAUAGGAGAAAGUAUUAUUUAAUGAAUAAUUUAUGUGACUUUAAAUUAUAAUUUUUAUAUAUAUUACGUUCUUGGAGAAAUGAUUAUUAGUAUUCGAGAAACGUUUGCUAUUUAAAUAGCAAAUAUAUUUUAUAAUUUAUGUAAUGUUUUGUAAUUUAUUACGACUAAUUCAGCAAUAAUAAUGCUUUUUUAUUACAAUAAGAAAAUCUCGUAACGAAUAUAUGUUAUUACUGUGAUAACGAAUUUACUCUAUAAGAGAGUUUCCAAAUAUAGAUAUUUUUUAAACAUUGUAAUACUUCUUUAUAUACUAAUAAAUCUGUAAGCUUAUAUCUUAUUAUAUUCAUAUAUAAAAUAACUAUUUCUAUACCAAUUUUUGUACUGCACUUAAUGUCAAAAUAAAUUCAGUAGCAGGAUAAAAAAAACUGUAAAAUUAAAAUAAAAAAAUCCUUACUUUCAUGUACGCUUUACAAACUAAAUAAAGAUUUAAAUUAAAUAAA